GCUGACUAUCCAAACACGCUAAAAUAUUACACACGUGAUUUUUUAAUUUUGUUUUAGUUUUCGACAAAUUUGUGUUUAAUUUUUUUGAAACCAAAGAAAAAAAACGAUGCCUUUUUUUAUUCGCAAUAAAGCUAAAUCAUUAAAAAACAAGACACGCGUCCAAAAUGGUCAUACAGGUAAUAAAAAAUUUAAAUCAUCCAAAAAAGUUCAACAAAACGAUUUAGAUGAUGAAAUUCUUAGUGACGAUCUUGAAGACGAUGAAGAUGAUAUUGUGAGUGAGAAUGAUUUAUUGGAUGAAGGUGAUGAUGAUAGCGGUCGAAGAAAAAAACGAAAAAAUGAUGAAACAAUUGAAGAUUCUGAAGAUGAAAAUGAAACUGCACAAGAGAAAAAAAUUCGUUUAGCUAAAAAAUAUCUUUCACAAUUGGAACAAUCGGAAAUAUUUGGUAACAAAAAAGAUGAUGAAGAAGAUGAAUCUGAUGAGGAUCGUUCCAAUCUUAUAUCAUCACACCUAAAGGAAUCUGUUUUAGAAAAAUUGGGCAAACUACACCGAGCUGUUGCCCAUCGUUAUAGUUCGGUUGAUUUGUCUAAAUUAAUUGUGAUGAAAAAUGGUCACAAGAAAUCCAUUACAGCUGUGGUCGUCAGUAAUGAUGGUUGUUUUGUAUUUAGUGCAUCAAAAGAUUGUAAUCUUGUAAAAUGGAAUCUUAAGAACGGUAAACGUUUACAAACUGUUCAGGGCAACCAUCGAGCCAAUCCUGAAACCUAUAACAAAGGUCAUACAGCCAGUAUACAAGCAUUAGCUUUGUCUACGGAUUUUAAAUUUUUAGCUUCUGGCUGUAAAAACAAAGUAAUUCAUAUAUGGAACCCAGAGAAUAUGGCUCAUCUUCAUACUUUUCGUGGACAUCGUGGACCGAUUACAGGUCUUGCAUUUCGACGAUCAUUUCAUCAACUGUUCAGUUGUUCUGAGGAUAGAAUGGUAAAAGUUUGGAAUUUAGAUGAAAUGGGUUAUGUUGAAAGUUUAUUUGGUCAUCAUGAUACAAUCACAUCAAUCGAUUCGUUUGUGCGUGAACGUUGCAUUACAUCGGGUGGUCGUGAUGGUACUAUUAGAUUGUGGAAAAUACCCGAAGAAUCAAAUCUCAUUUUUCUAACCGGUGGUAAGGCCACUGUUGACUUUGUCCGAUUUAUCGAUGAAUCUCAUUUCCUUUCGGCUGCUGAUGAUGGAUCAAUAUCAUUAUGGGCCAUAUUUAAAAAGAAACCUAUACAAACUGUUUCGAAUGGACACAAACCUGAACAUUGGAUUACAUCAUUAGCAUCGUUAAGAAAUACUGAUCUUUUUGCUUCAGGUUCACAUGAUGGUCGUAUUAUAUUUUGGAAAAUUAAACCUGAUUUUAAAGGUUUUGAACAAUUAUUCGAUUAUAAGGUCGAUGGAUUCAUUAAUGCAAUGGAAUUUACUACUGAUGGUCAUUAUCUGAUAGCCGCCAUAUCACAAGAACAUCGUUUAGGUAGAUGGUUUGAACGAUUUAAAAAUGUUCAUAAUGUUAUUCAUAUAAUACCACUUUCAUUCAUCGAAUCGAAUAAAUGUGAUUGAAUUUUCA